CGCGUCAUCGGGCCUCGCCCUGGCUAGUGAGUAUAAAGGCAGCGCGUCCCGACUCACCAUGUCAGUGUUGAUCACCACGGUAUCAUUACAACUAAAAAUUUAAUGAUACACUAAUGAAAUUGCUUUUACACAAACUUAAUUAAUUAUAUAUAAUUUAAAAUAAUUAGUUUCAUAUAUUUAAUGAUUAUUAAAUUUGAAUAAAAAACAAGAGGAUAGAGCUGCGUUUUGGGUUAUAUUAAGAUUGUAAUAAUGCCGCCCAUGAAUGCAGUCGACGAGGAAGAAUUCAGCGAUAUUAUAUCACUGUUCAAUAAUGAUCAGGAAGGAUGUAGCAAUAGGGAAACAUUGAUCAAAUAUGAUCAGACGGGAUGUAGCAAUAGGGAUAUAAGGAAUAUAGGCAAUAAGGAAUUAGUUGAUAUCGAUGAGAAUAAACACUCAAUAGACGAAAUACAAAAUAACAAGGAAGACUUGAUACCUGUGUCUUCAUACAGAAAAAAAUCUUUUGUGCCAAUAUCUUUCCUUAAUAAUACAAAUAAUAUUAAACUAUUAACCACUUGUUGCCCACUCAGCAUCAAAGUUAUCGAUUGUGUUAGAUUUCCUUUAGGUAGCAGAAGAUGGAUUAAUAGAAGAGCAAGUCUUAAUAGUAAAGAAACAUGCACCAAUAGACUGAUAGGUGUUAAAGUUAUACAGACUAACAUUGUUAUUGAUUCAGAUACAGACGACGAAGUGAAUUGUGAGCAAUAUGUGCAAAAUGGAAUGGAUUUAGAUAACCAUAAUACAUAUUCAAAAGUCGCUACGGCAUUGAAAGGUAUUGGAACUACUAUAACUUCAAUCAAUAAUAGCCAUAAGACUAAAACACUUGUAUCUAGUGGUCUCAAUGAUGAAGGAAUAAGUAAGAAAGAAAUGUGUAAUAAGAUUAGUACUGACACAUUAAUACAUACAAUGUGUGAAAAAUUUUUUAAAGAUAAUAAUGAUUUAGAUAAAUCAAUCAAACAAAAAAUACAAUCAAAUAAAAAUACUAAGAAUGAUACGAAAAGUAAGAAAUAUGAUAAAGAUCUUUCAAACAAUACAAAAAGGAAUAUUUUACACAACGUUGAAACUGCAAAUAGGAACAUUAAUGAUUCAAAAAAAGAAAAUGAAUCUCCGUUUUCUGAGAUUGAACUAAAUAAAUCAUGUGAUAACGAUGCUUCCAAUCAUAAAUAUAUCUCAUCGAAUGGGAAUUCGAAACAUUUACAAGUCGAAGGAGAAUCUCAUGAUGUAUGUGGAAUCAAUCAAUCAAAUCAAAAUGGAAUGAAACAAAUCAAUUCUUAUCAGUCUAGAGAAGAGAUUUCAAUGAAUAAAAAAAUACUAACAAUAGAUCGUAAACAUGACACGGAAAAAAUAUUACCAGUUUCCAGAUCUUAUACUGGUUCCAAUAGAAAACCUCAAAACACAAAUUAUCUAAGUCACUCGAAUAGAAAUGAUGCAAAGAAAUUGGAUAAAAACAGUUUAGAGUCUUGUAAUAAUACAUUUACCUCACGUCAGCCUCCGCAAUUGUUAACGAUGCCACAGAAAUCACCUUCAGCAUUACACCCUUCACAGUCACAAACUUUACAACGUUCACCUCCAACAGGACAUCUACAAUCGCAGAUAUCGUUUCCAGGUUCAGUACCUGCUUUAUAUAGUUUUUUACCGGUAACCUCCACAGUAACAUCUGAGCCGCCAUCAUUAUGUGCUACAUCAAUCUUGAAUAAACUUAGUCUUUUACCUCGCCAGCAAAAUAUUGGCAACCAAAAUCAAGAUGCACAACAAAGUUAUUCAUCAUUACCAUGUUUCUCUAAGAGUACUGAAAUGAAUAAUAAUGUAGUCUCAUCUAUGAAUACGGAUUCAUCUUCUAUGAAUGAUGGACAACGAAAAGAAAAUCAAAACAAUGAACUAAAUAGAGUUGCAGUAAGCCCUCAGGAUCAAGGUUUUAGUAAAGAUGUAUGUCAUGGCCAACAGACAAAAACAGGAAUACGAGUAAAAGACAGAGAUAAAAUAAACGAAACAUUGACUUUUACAUUAGUAUCUGGUAGUAAGCAACAUCAAGACGCACAACAGCAUGAUUCAUCUUCACCAUAUUUAUCUAAUAAUACUAAAUAUAAUAAUUUUAAUAACAAUGUGAAUGAAAACACAACAGGACAGCAAAAUGAAAAUCUUAAUAAGGAAUUAAAUAGAACUACAAUCCGCUAUGCAGAUCAAGUUUAUAAUAAGGGUAUGUAUCAGAUACAAGAGGCUAAAACAGGUAUACGAGUAAUGGAGAGAGAUAAUGAAACCCUAACUUCUGGAUUAGUAUAUGGUAGCAAGCAACAUCAAGAUAUACGACAACAUGAUUUAUCUACAUCACAUUUAUCUAAAAAUGUUGAAUAUAACACUUUGAAUAACAAACUAAUCACACAUGAAAAUACAAAAGGACAACGAAACGAAGAUCAAAAUAUGGAGUCAAGUAGAUUUCCAAUACGUUACCAAGAUGAUUGUUAUAAUAAGGUUGCAUGUCAGACUCAAAAUGCUAAAACAGGAAUACGAGUAAGAGACAGAGAUGCGAUUAAUGAAACUGUAACUUCUGCUUUAGUAUUGGGUAGUAAACAAAAUCAAGAUGUACGACAAAAUAAUUCAUCAUCAUUACAUUUAUCUGAAACUUUUGAAUUUAAUAAUUUAAAUAAUAAACCAAUCACAUCUGAAAACACAAGAAGACAACAAAACGAAAGUCAAUAUAAUGAAUUGAAUAGACCUGCAGAAAUUUAUUCGGAUCCAAGAUAUCAUAGGAAUGUAUAUUCCACACAAAGGGCUAAAACAGGAAUAUAUAAUAGAAAAAAAAUGAGUAAAAAUAUGUCUUCACUACCAGUAUCUGAGGCGUCAUCGUCACGUGAUUCAUCAAAAUCGCAUCAACUAUCCCAUGUUACUCCACAACCAAAGAAUAGCAAGCAAUCCCAAAACGAACGACAACAUUAUUCCUCGUUAGCAUCUACCUCUAAGAGUAUUGAGUUUACUAAUUUUAAUAACUACCCAGGUUUGUCUGAAAAUAUUGAUAGGCGAAGAAAAAUAAAUCAAGACAAUGGUAAUAAUAGACUUGUAGUAAAUCAUCCUAAUUUAGAAUACAACAAUUACGUAGAUCACACCAAAAAAGUAAAAAGAAAGAUAGAAGACCUUAAACAAAAUGAUAAGCACAAAACUUAUAAUUACAAAAGUAGUAACAAAUUUCAAGUAAAUCGUUCACAAGAUAAUAGAAAAAUACAGCGUACUAAUGGAUAUAACACGAUGAGAACGGUGUCUGAACAUACACUACCAAAAUAUAUCAAUCAAUCAAGGCACAUAACAUUAAAUUCAAUUUAUCCGCCAAGUAUGCAGAUUUCAAAUGAUAGGAAUAUUUCACAAUUAAAAAAUAAUAAUAGUGGUGAUUACAGGGGUCAUGAAAAGUAUAAAUAUAAUAAUAUAAAUGUGAAGAAACAUUCGCAAAAUACGGGUACCAGUAAUGGUGAAUAUAAAGAAAAAACAGACAGUCAUAAAGGCAAAGAAGUGAAUGAAGAACCAAUAGCGAAGAAGAUAAAAGGAAACAGAUACGAGUAUACUAAUAAUGGGCAGUCUUCUAACAUCAGUCGAAUUCAUAAAAAUAAUGAAAAUGAUAAGGAGCAAUCUGGAUAUAAUUCUGACGACACUAUCAUACUUUAAUGCAAUAUUCAGAUUUUUUAUGAAGUUAGACCUAAUCAUUAUUAUGUCAGUCAUCUAUUAACUGUUUAUUGCUGGACAUAAGGGGAGGGGAGUGCCAGCAGCUGCCACCCUUGGCAGGCGAGUUGGCAACUACAGUUAGAAUUUUAUAACGUUUUAAGAGGAACGUUGUCUCUUACGACACCCACGGGAAGGAAGGGGCGGCUCAUUCUAUGCCAGGAUCACAUGGCAAGUUAGAUAAGUCUUAUUUUAUUUUAUUAUUAAUAAAAUUUCUUAUAGUCUUAUUUUAUUUUAUUUAUUAUUAAUAAAAUGUAUAAAAAGCCUUUGUUUUUUUGUGUGAUUUUGUUUGUAUAUAUAGAAGAUAAGACAUGCACCAUUUUUAAAUAAUAUAACUGUAGAUCGUAAUCUAAUGUUGAAAUAUUUAAACUAAUGUUAAAUGAAGAAAUAUAUAUAUAUAUAUAUCGUAAUGCAAUUAUUACUAAAGAUAAUGCAGUUAAGUUUUCGGUAAGAUUCAUAUUAAUAUUUAAUGGAAUAAAGUUAAAUAAAGUUUUUAUGUAUGAACUCAGAUGUUCAUGUAGCCUGCCUCACGCAAUUUUGUUUGCUUUUUUGGGUUGUUAUGUUACACGAUUACGUUGUUAAUACUGAAAUGAUUUUGAUAUGGGUUAUUUCCAUGUUUAUCUAUUAUAUUAAUAUAAGCAGCAUAUCUAAUGUAUUUUGUACAAUAACAUUACUGCAUUUUUCGAAAUCUAUAUAAAUAAAAAUCAAUCUCCAAUUGUAUGAAGAGCAUCAUUUCGGAAUGUUGACACUUACUUGAUUAUUUUUCCUGUUUUUGUAAUUGUCAGGACAAGAUUUGUAUGAGAAUGAAUGUUUGAAAAAUGUGUGUACAAAUUAAUGAAAAAAUUGUAUUAAUUGUAGCUAGAAUAAACAAUUCUCACGAAUUUUUUUUUUAUACAAUUUAGAAUGGCAAACAAGUUGACGGCCUACCUGAUGGAAAGUGAUAAGCGCCGCUUAUAGAUAUGAGUAUAACAACAUGGACAUAACAGAGUAUGUUAUUUCGCCCAUGAUAUUCGUCCAUUUCUGAACCGAUACGACAUCAUAACCUUCAAGAAAAGAGCAUAUUCCUUUUUAAAAGGUCGGCAGCACACCUGCAAUGCCGUUAGUGUUGUGGGUGAUCAUGGGCGGCGGUAGUCACUUACAAUCAGGUGAGCCACGCUCGUUUGAGCCAUAUGUUUUAAAAAAAAUUAUACCCCCCCCCCCAUGCGUUGCCAUUGCUGAGGAAUCAAGUGUUAUUCCUCUGUACCCUGUAAAUCCACUGCCAUAUCUCACCCUUCAAACUGAAACACAGCCAUGCAAACACAACUGCUUCAUGGUUGAGACACGAAUGGGACAAAGGUGUUCAAGCAAACGACUUUUGUACUGGUACCCCCUCUACCUGACUUAGUAAAAUAUUAUAUAAAGCAGAGAAGCUAUUUGAUUGUCAUUUAAGCCAAGCCAUAAGCCAAGUGUUUUAUCGUAAUAAUAUGUGUAGAUAAAUAAUUCAGUACGUAAAUAUGUUUCAUUAAUAAUUAAUACUGUAUAAAGUUGUAUUACCUACUGUUACUCAUGAAUUAGCAUGUAAGUGAAUGAAUACACGAAGCUUUAAUUCUAUUUCACUGAAAAUAAAUGAAGAGAAAAUGUUUUAGAUUUA